UUUACUUGUUUUCGUUCAUGCCUCUGGGAUCAGGUCUAGAAAAUGUGGUUUGAGCAUUACUUCCUGACAUCACCAAGUAUGUGUUUGAUGAAUUCCAGAAAAAUCCCAGCUCUAUAAUGAUCUGGGUUGGUCCUUACAGUCUUCCUAAACCUAGAGUCUGUCCAUCUCUUGUUUCCUUUUUUUCUGCUGGCCUUUUUUUUCUCUUGUGUGAAACUAAAUUGUUCAACUAACUACAGGGAAGACUCACUCUAAAAAAAAUUAGGAGAAGAUUAUGUAAUAACCAUGUCACAACAAAAACUGCUUUUCACCAGUCAUGUGAGCGUGCCUUGUCCAGACUAGGCUAAUUAUUCACCUCUUCUGGGUCAUGGAUUCCUUUGAAAAUCUGGGUAAAGCCAUGGACUGCUUUCUCAUCUGGUGUGGAUAAGCACCAUCUUAUGUACGCUUAGGAGAUGAUCGUGUGUCUGCUGAUGCCCAUCUGGGUGAGAUCUUCCUCGGUUGCUGGCCCAGAUGACAGUGGAGUUACCUGUAAACUCUCCUCACUGCCACUGCCUUUGCGCUGCCUGAGGAGGGAAGCUGCUGUGUUAAUGCCUAGACUUCCUGAGUGACAGAUCAUCCAGUCCCUCGAUGGGGAUUAACGGCGGACCACCUGUUUGUGUCACCCUCCCACCUCUCUGUCGAAAGAACUUCAGCACCGCUCCAAUAAUAAUGAUGAAACUGGUAUUAACUGAAUGGCACUUAUGGAUUUUUAACUCUAAUUCACAGUAAACCAGCAAGCCAUAUGUUUAAAAUCCAACCAAAAAAAUCGUUGUUUUGCUGCAUGUCUCAUACGAUUGUGAGAAGUCGUGAGAUCCCUGUUUGUACAAAGAGGAAUAUAAGUAUUACUUGCCUGAGGAACACAGAAGACGUCUUAAUUUAUCAUUAAAGAUAUAUGAUAGUAUUAUUUAUAUAGAUAGAAUAAAUAUAUAUAAAUAUAUAUUUUUGGUGGUAAUGAAAAUGGCUCCGCAGAAUGCCGACUCAGAAUCUAUGCAAGUUCAAGAGUUACCUGUGCCCCUGCCGGACCUGCAGAAGCCUGGAGAGUCAGAGGCCGAGAACCACGACGAGACCCUCAGCGAGGGCUCCAUAGACCGAAUCCCCACGCGCCUGUGGGUGAUGCACGGGGCGGUGAUGUUUGGCAGGGAGUUCUGUUAUGCCAUGGAGACAGCUCUGGUCACCCCCAUCCUGCUGCAGAUUGGCCUUCCGGAGCAGUACUACAGCCUCACCUGGUUCCUGAGCCCCGUCCUCGGCCUCAUCUUCACGCCUCUCAUAGGCUCUGCGAGUGACCGGUGCACCCUGAGCUGGGGCCGCCGGCGGCCCUUCAUCCUUGCCCUGUGUGUCGGCGUGCUUUUUGGCAUUGCCCUUUUCCUUAAUGGCUCUGCCAUUGGCCUGGCCCUCGGCGAUGUCCCUGGCCGGCAGCCCAUCAGUAUUGUCCUCACGGUUCUGGGUGUCGUGAUCCUGGACUUUAGUGCUGAUGCGACCGAGGGGCCCAUCCGUGCCUACCUGCUGGAUGUGGUGGACAGCGAGGAGCAGGACAUGGCCCUCAACAUCCACGCCUUCUCUGCUGGCCUUGGCGGGGCUGUGGGCUAUGUGCUGGGCGGCCUGGACUGGACCCAGACCUUCCUGGGCGACUGGUUCCGAACACAGAACCAGGUGCUCUUCUUCUUUGCCGCCAUCAUCUUCACGGUGUCAGUGACCCUGCACCUGUUCAGCAUCGAGGAGGAGCAGUACAACCCACAGCAGGAGCACCCCGAGGACGCGGACACCCCCCCCACCCCCCUGGGCGCCCUGGAUGGGCCUGACAAGUACGGUGCCGUGCCCACCUUUCCCGACGAGGUUCAGUCAGAGCACGAGCUGCCCCUGGACUAUCUUGACGUGGACAUCAUGCGCAGCAAGAGUGACUCCGUGCUGCACAUGCCGGACGCCACGCUGGACAUGGAGCCCGAGCUGCUCUUCCUGCAUGACAUCGAGCCCUCCAUCUUCCACGAUGCCUCCUACCCCACCACCCCCCACAGCACCAGCCAGGAGCUCCCCAAGGCCAAGCUGCCCCGCAAGGCUACGUUCCUCAGGGAAGCAGUGAAGGAGGAGGAGACCCUGCUUGAUAAUCACUUGAAUGAAGCUAAAGUCCCCAACGGGAGUGGCUCCCCACCUCCAAAAGACUCCGGCAGUGACUACCCCAGGGUAGACGUGAAGCCGGCUGCGGCCGCAUCCAGCUCCAUGCGGCGGAGGAGACACGCAUUCCACCGGCAGGUCUCCAGCACCUUCUCCUACUACGGCAAGGUCGGGUCCCACUGCUACCGCUACCGGCGGGCCAACGCCGUGGUCCUCAUCAAGCCGUCACGCAGCAUGAAUGACCUGUACGACCUGCAGAAGUGGCAGCGGCAGCGGUGCCGGCACAGGAACCUGAGCGGGGCCACCAACUCAAGUGGGGACACAGAGAGCGAGGAGGGUGAGAGCGAGACCACCGUGCGCCUGCUGUGGCUGUCCAUGCUGAAGAUGCCGCGCCAGCUGCUGCGCCUGUGCAUCUGCCACCUGCUCACCUGGUUCUCCGUCAUUGCCGAGGCCGUGUUCUACACCGACUUCAUGGGCCAGGUCAUCUUCAAAGGGGACCCCAAGGCCCCCUCCAACUCAACGGCCUGGCAUUACUACAAUGCUGGGGUCAAGAUGGGCUGCUGGGGCCUGGUCAUUUAUGCUGCUACCGGUGCUAUUUGCUCAGCCCUGCUACAGAAGUACUUGGACAACUACGACUUGAGCGUCAGGGUGAUCUACAUGCUGGGGACUCUGGGCUUCUCCAUCGGCACGGCAGUGAUGGCCAUGUUCCCGUACGUCUCCAUCGCCAUGAUCACCAUCAGCACCAUGGGCGUGGUGUCCAUGAGCAUCUCCUACUGCCCCUACGCCCUGCUGGGGCACUACCAUGAGCUCAAGCAGUACGUCCACCACAGUCCUGGGAACUCCAAGCGAGGCUUCGGCAUAGAUUGCGCCAUCCUCUCCUGCCAGGUCUACAUCUCCCAGAUCCUGGUGGCAUCGGCCCUUGGAGGUGUGGUCGACGCUGUGGGGACUGUCCGCGUCAUCCCUAUGGUGGCCUCCGUGGGCUCUUUCCUGGGCUUCCUGACGGCCACGUUCUUGGUGAUCUAUCCUGAGGUGUCAGAGGAGGUCAAGGAAGAGCACAAAGUUCUGUCCUCCCAGCCGGCUGGCGAAGGCGGGGCUGACAGGGGCAGUGAGAAGCCCACUGUCCUGAAGCUCACGCGGAAAGAAGCCCCAAAAGGACUGGUGGAGACGGAGUCCAUGGUCUGAGCUCGCUCCUAUCAAGCACGUCCCUCCAGGCGAGAGGAAUGACUGAUCAAUGUACUUGACGGGCUCUGGUCUUGCUGUGUCUCCUGCGGCCUCUGUCGGCUGGUGUGCUUUGUGUCUGAGCAGCACGGGUGCCUGGUGACGGGAGGUGUGUACUCACCAGUCCAAAGUGUGUCCCUCACAAACCCAAGAUCACGGAGGACUGGUCAAGACUGCAAGAGUGUCUUCUGUGUGUAUGAAACUUGAAUGGCCUUGUGAUCUCACACUUGGACAGGGCGAGUCUGACUACUGACUGCUGCUGCACUGCUGCCAACACACCACCAGCCAGAGCCCCAGCAGGGUGGUCCGAACUUGCCCCUGGGGUAACAGGCACCUCUGGGUCUUCACCUCUGCCAGCCUUCCCCUCGGGUAUCAGGCACCUCUGGGGUCCUCACCCCUGCCAGGCAUCCUUGGCAGCUCUUUCCUAUGCAACUUGGUUCCCUUCCAUGGCUUUAAAAUUGUAGAAUGUGAGAUUUCACUGAGGUUGCCAGGACCUGGUCGUUUCUCACAUCACAACUGGUUCUAACUGGGUUAUCCUGACAACUAGAAGAGACAGGGGUGACCUGAUUCAAGAUGUGAACAAACCAAACCAAACCCCUGGGUCCAGCCAAGAGGCCCCAGGGGAUAGCUGCAGCUCUCACAGAAGCAGGAGACGUGGGCCUGGCUGGGCCUUGAUUUCAGGAGGCCAAGGGUCUUGGCAACCACCUUCUCAACAGCAUGUCAGCCCUUGAGAUCCCAGCCUUAAACUGACAGUCGUCUGAGAGACAACAAAGGACAUGCCGUGUUCUCCGCUGGAACGUUAACAUGCUGAGCCAUGGUGCCAGCCAGCAAAGGGCCUGACUGCUAUUCCAGGACAGAAGGGGUUUAAAGCUUGAAGCCCUCCAGAUGUUUGCAACCAAAGUAUUUUCUCACUGUGGGCCUGGUCAGUGCAGCCCCAGCAGGAGGGCAGAGGCCCGGGAUUUCGCUCCACAUAUUGGUAGCACAUUGUUUUCUGGAGCAGCCUUUCUGGGAGUCUCAUGGUGUGAGUGUUGCUUGGGCAAAGGAAGAACCGGCAGCCAGAUCCUUCUGCCUCAGCCCCUCCCUUGCAAUGAUAUUAUUUCAGGAUUGCACUAAUUUGAGCCUCGUAGUGUCAUCACCUUGUGUCUUAAAAGCUGGGAAGGAGGCUGGCUGUGUGCAGUCUGCAUGGGUCCUACCAUGGCUCUUGCAUUUGUGUCCUCUGCCAUCAUACCUCCGAGCCUACCCACGCCGUCCACCUAUCUGCCACCUGGAAGGAGAGCGCCCUAUGUGGGGGCCUUGGUCAAGGGCACUGGUGGGGCUGUGCGUGUUCCAGUCUGCCAAACAGCUGGCCAGCACUGAGGACACAGGUAGAGUUUACCUUGCGGGUCCUCAGGCUGGGGACGCCGCCCAGCACCACAUAGCGUGUCAGGGCAGGGCUUUAGGGGGUUGGAUCCUAUGUGGUACUUGGGGUGUGUUGCCAGAAUAGGGUAACCUUGGUCUGACUGGUGUUUUUGUUCCCUGUAAAAGUCAGUUAAGUCAUCUUAACAAGGUUCCUCUUAACACGAGUAGCAGAAGUUCCAUGUCAGAGAUGAGAGUAGGAGUGAAGGCACAGAGGCUGCAGGCAUCUGGCUGGCCCAGCUCAUCUUUGCAGUGUUCUCCCCAACACUCCCUGGUGGCUGCAGAGCCAGUGGUGGAGGUUCUGUUUAACUCAGGCCCUUAACCUCCCUGUGGGAGGUGGGACAGCGGAGCCUCCUCAGAUGCCUAGUGGCCCUGGUUGGAAUGUGUCUGUGACCACUUAGGACCCAAAGCUGAGCCUCUCUUUAAGCGGCUGCAGAACAUGGCACCGCGGCACACGGGAGUGGGCAGGAGUCAGGCUGACCACAGCAGUGCCAGCUCCUGCCAUGGGGACAGCCCAUCCCUGGAACCUGUGAUAUUGGGAGGGGGGGCAUGUUGGAAAAAUACUCUGAAGAUGCCAGCCAUGCCCUCUGUGGCUGAUGGUCAGGGUAGCAGCGGGUGACGGUGACCUGGUGGGAACCAAGUUUGUUCACACUGGACACUACUAACUCCAGAACAGAGGCGCCAAAAUCUCACUUUUCCAAGGUCUUUUGCUUCUACUAAGCCUCUGUCCAUCAUAAGGCACCAAAACUGUGAAUGUGCAAGUUACUGUCGCUGAUGAGUCCUCUUGGGACAGUUUUUCCAGUGACAUCAGAAACUGCUUCUAGGAGACACCAGCCCCUUGCCUCCAAGCCCAGGUCUCUGCAGGCCUGUGUGAGGGGCCCUGGCUUCGAGAGCUUCUAGGGGGACUUCCCAGCAUCUGCCUGGGAGAGGUGUCUGUGCAUUUCCAGGUUGAACACGGCCUGUGCCUACUUGGCAUGGUUGGCAGCUCAGCCUAACAUCACUCAUGUGAAGCCAGUCAUCAGCAUCCUGGCCAGAUCCCCUCCACCCCAGCCCACAGGGCCUCCAAAAGACCUGAGCACCCCUCCCAGUGACUCUGCCCUCCACCCAGGGUGACAAGACCUGUUUGUUGGAAAUGCCUCCUUACCAGAGCAACUCCCUAGGCCUCUUGGGACAAAAUGAUUUAGUUCCAUUGUGAACUGG